AUGUCAACUGUGUUUGUUUCUGGUGCUAAUGGGUAUAUUGCUCAGCACCUUAUUGUUCAAUUAUUAUCCAAAGGAUAUAGUGUCAUCGGAUCCACCAGAAGUGAAGAUAAAGGAGAAAAUUUAAAAAAAAAUCUAAAUUCUAAUGACUUCAAAUAUGUUGUUAUACCUGAUAUCAUUCGAGAAGAUGCUUUUGAUGAAGUCUUGAGAUCUAAUCCUCAGAUUACGGGGUUUUUUCACGCAGCUUCCCCCGUAGUGUUUGAUGUGAAGAAUCUUGAAGAAGACAUCAUCUUACCGGCUAUCAAGGGAACAACUAAUGUUUUAAACUCGAUUCAGAAAUUUGCACCCCAAAUUACAAGAUUUGUUUAUACCUCAUCUUAUGUGGCAAUUGGUUCUCAUCUUGAUACCAAGGACACUGUUCUUACUGAAGAAACUUGGAACCAGAUCCCAAGAGAGGGAGCUGAAGAUUCAGAUUUGGCUUAUGCAAUUUCAAAGACUUAUGCUGAAAAAGCAGUUUGGGAAUUUGUAGAGAAAAACUCCCCCAAUUUUACUUUCAACACUGUCAACCCAACCUAUGUUCUCGGACCACAAGCCUUUGAUUCUGAAGUGAAGGGAACACUCAACUUCUCUGCCGAAAUUAUCAAUAAGAUUUUAAAGCUCAAACCAGAAGAUGAAGUUCCUGAAUUCCGAGGUGUUUUCAUUGAUGUUAGAGAUACCGCUAGAGCACAUUUAUUUGCUUUAGAAACUAAUCAGUCUUCUUUGAGAUUGUUGUGUAAUGAGAAUUAUUUUACUAAUCAAAUGUGCCUCGAUAUUAUCAACAAGAAUUUUUCUUUGGAUUUACCUAAAGGGUCUCCAGGUACUGGAAAUGAUUUCUCUCAAAGACCAACCAUCGACAAUUCAAAAACAAGGUCAUUGAUAGGUCCUUUUAUUGGCUUAGAAGAAUCAGUUGUCGAUACAGUCAAGCAGGUUGUAGACAAUUAA